AUGGAGCCAUUACCAGGUGGUGUUCCAACGGUUAAUGGUCGAACACCCAUUGCGUGCAUCAAUUGCGCUAGUGCAAAAACCGGCUGCGAUAAAAGGGUUCCUUGCUCAAGAUGUUCUGAGAAAAAUCUACCAUGCGCGAGUAGAUAUGCCCGACGUUCAUCAAAGGCUGCGAACCGGUCCUCAAGCUCGCACAAAAAGACACCACCAACACAAGAGCCACCCCAUGACCCCAUGGAUCAGGACACAGCACCAAAAGAAACAUUACCGGAAACCAAAGUCAGUCCCACAGAGACACCCAUAGAUCCGCAAUUUAUGGUAGCAACACCAGAGAAAAAUAUAUAUCCUGCCCAAGAUUUACGAUUUAAUGUUGAUGGCUUCGGGCCCUCCCCAGGCGAAAGCCUUGGGGGGAUGGAACACUCCAUGUUCGGCAACAGUGGGAACGUCAAUUACCAUGAUCUGAUGGCAUGGAGUCACUACCCCUUAGAUAUUGAAAUAUACUCGAUGGGAUCUGAAUUAUCCAGCAGUCUAGUAACGCCAAACUUUCUGGAACCAAGCGAUACUUCUUCAAUUUCAGAGCCACUAUUUACUGGAUCUCUGCAUCCAUCUCCAUCGAUGUCACAUACUAAGAGCGCUAGCAUCUCUUCAGAUGCUAAUCGUCCAGCCAAGCUUGUCGAAAUCGCGGUUCCGAUUCUGACAGAUAAUAGCUCUGAUGACUUUGAACUCUUGGUGGCCGCAGAAUCGGCGUGGCCUCUUGCACGAUGCAAUCCACGAUUGAUUCCUGGACCGUCAGCAAGAACGGCUAUAGCGUACCUCGAGAAUCUAGAGCAACAUUCGAAGCAUGACGCCACAUGGGAUUCGCUAAAUCAUGAUUUGGAACCGGCCGAGAUUCGAUAUGGAGAUGGAAUAUCUGUUAUACCUGUGAGUGCAAGCACCAGAGAUAGAAUAAUGGCCAUCACGCAAAGUUUUCUUCAUACAGCUUUAGAAACACAUCGAGGAGGUUUGAAAGGUUGGCCAAAAUCUUCCAAUUACACAAGUCCUGAUGCAGGAUUCAAUUUCCUUGUUCUACCUCCAUCAAACGUCCUGGAGUAUUUCCUUCGAAGUCACGUUCGAAGUUUGGCUCCUUACUAUACUCUCAUCAAUGGAGGAAACCUUGAUCCCAACGAAUUAAUGCUGAACAAUCAAACUUCAACAUUACUAUUGUUGCUAAUGAUAGCACAUGGCGCUGCAGCUCUUCCAACUGCUGAAGCUAGAUGUUUGACCGCGGGGCUUACGGAAGCUUGUCGCAUAUCGCUAUUUAAGGUCAUAGAAAAAAACGUUGAUUUAUCAGCUGAUCCUGUCGUGUUCAAAUGCGCACUGCUUUUCACGAUACUCGGUGCUUGGGGUGGAGAUGCUUCUCACAUGAACCUAGCUAUGGCACAACGAGGGAUGUAUCUUGCGAUGCUAAAACAUACUGGUAUGUUGGAGCCUCACAUACCAAUGGCGCCAUCCUUUCACGAAUCAUCGAAUCUAGAUGACCAGUGGAGAAUUUGGCUACAAAGAGAAAAGAAAAGCAGGUUGGUCUACAACUGGGUCAUGGUAGACCAGGAGCUGAGUUUAUUCCACGAUACCUCACCUAUUAUGUCAAUCACAGAACUUGAGACUCCAAUGCCCGGAAUAGAGUGCUUAUGGCUGGCUAAAGAUGCAAAUGAUUGGGCAGCAAUUGCUCAGCAAACAUAUAUCGGCACUGAUUGGCUCCUGAAUCCAAAUUCUAUCGACACACCACCAGUAGGACCUUCACUCUGUGGCCUCUUCCGAGACAUGUUAUCGGACAAUAUCGAACGUCGACACGGAAACUUGUCUCCACUACAGCUAAAACUUCUCCUUCACCCAAUUCAUAGCUCUUUGUGUCAUCUGCAUCAAGCUUUAACUUUUCAUUCUGAAAUGUAUAACUCCCGACAAGGAACUAGAUCCGUUACCAAAGCGUCCAAUCUACUACGUCUUCAGGAAGCUCAGUCAUUGCUCCAGAAAUGGUAUGACUUGUGUGAGAUUCAUGCUAGAAACGAUCCAAGUUGUCAAGUUACUCGAGCCAAUCUCGUCCUGUAUCACCUCAUAAGUUUGAAUGCGGUGACAUUCUUUCCAGAAAUUGAGCGGCUAGCACGAAAAGAGGACUUUGAUGGAACAAGCUUGGAACUUUCGCUUCGCUACAAAAGAUGCAUUUACAAUUCUGGAGAAGCUGUUUUUCAUUGUGGACAAGUCAUUCGUCUUGUAUCUUCGAUGGCAAAAGAGGGACGUCCGCGUUGGUGGUCGGUAGCUAUCUAUCGUGCCACUAUGAUCUUAUGGCUUGAAAGUGUAUCACGUAUCGACACCUAUACACAAAAAUGUGAUAAGGGCUCAAUAUUUCCGAUUGAUGCAGUGGCACCCAACCAUCCCUCUGUCAAAGCUUAUCUAUGGAAUGGUGAAGGUAUUCCAGUACUCAGCAAGGCCGACGGAUACGUGGAACUUCAUAGGCCUAAUGAUGUUAUGAGCCAUUGUAUCUCGUUACUCGAAUUUGGCGUUACUCUACCAGUGUCGGACGGGAUAAGAAGGAAAUUAUUGGCGUUCUCGAAGAAUUGGAACAUGGAAAUCAUAUUGCAGAGAACAUAG